AUGAUACUCUCGCGGACAUGGGCACCUGCGUGCUCGACGCGAGGUCUGCCAUUGUCCAGUUGGUUUGCUGCAUGUCGGGCAGCGUCGACGGCAGCGGCACUCAAACCUGAACCCGAACCAAUAAAUGACGAGGCACCCACCGUCCGAUACACCCUCACAGAACAGGACAAGAAGAGGCUCGCGUUCCAGAGGAACAUCGGUGUCUCAGCGCACAUUGACUCGGGAAAGACUACGCUGACGGAGCGUAUUCUGUUCUACACCGGGCGUAUUCGGGAAAUUCAUGAGGUUCGAGGGCGCGACUCCGUGGGAGCCAAGAUGGACAGCAUGGACUUGGAAAGAGAGAAGGGUAUCACCAUUCAGAGUGCUGCUACUUUCUGCGACUGGGAAGCUACGGACUUGGGCAAGGGAACAAAGCAAAAAUACGCUAUUAACAUUAUUGAUACACCAGGACACGUCGAUUUCACUAUUGAAGUAGAAAGGGCACUACGAGUCUUGGACGGAGCUGUUUUGGUACUUUGCGCGGUAGCCGGUGUUCAGAGUCAAACUACGACCGUUGACAGGCAAAUGAGGCGGUAUAAUGUUCCUCGGAUUUCUUUUGUGAACAAAAUGGAUAGACCUGGUGCAAAUCCCUGGAGGAUUGUUACACAGAUCCGGACUAAGCUUCGCAUGGCUGCUGCUGCUGUUCAGGUGCCCAUAGGUGUCGAGGACGAAUUCAAAGGCGUCGUCGACCUCGUCCACUGGAAAGCUAUCUACAACCAAGGUGUCAAGGGAGUCGACGUUGUUGUCUCGGACGAAAUUCCUGCUGAUUUAUUGGAAAUGGCCCAGGCCAAACGCGCGGAACUGAUCGAACAACUCGCCGAGGUCGACGAGACGAUUGGCGAAAUUGUGCUUAUGGACGAGACACCUACCAACCAGGACAUCGCUGAUGCCAUUCGUCGGGCUACUAUUUCACUGAAGUUUUCACCUGUCUUCAUGGGAUCUGCUAUUAAGAACACCGGUGUGCAGCCCCUGCUUGAUGGCGUGUGUAGCUACCUCCCCAAUCCUUCUGAGUCGGAGAUUUUGGCACACGAUACCGAGCUUCCUCCUUCUGCACCUCAAGUUGCAUUACAGCCCGCGGCGAGUGCUCCUUUGGUUGGAUUGGCGUUCAAGCUGGAGGAAGGUCGUUUUGGACAGCUGACCUACAUGCGUGUGUAUCAAGGAACGUUGAAAAAGUCUAUGCAACUCUUCAACGCGCGCACUGGUAAGAAGGUCAAAGUACCCCGUUUGGUUCGUAUGCAUAGUAACGAAAUGGAGGAUGUCGAUCAAAUUGGUCCUGGAGAGAUUUGCGCUAUGUUCGGUGUCGAAUGUUCAUCUGGAGAUACUUUCACGGAUGGUUCUACCAGCUUCUCUAUGACAUCCAUGUAUGUCCCGGAACCUGUCAUCUCCCUUUCCAUCAAACCGAAGGGUCUCGAAACACCCAACUUUUCUCGUGCGCUUAAUCGUUUCCAGAAGGAGGACCCUACAUUCAAGGUCCAUGUUGACCAUGAAAGCAAAGAGACCAUCAUUUCUGGUAUGGGAGAACUGCACCUCGAGAUCUACGUUGAGCGUAUGAGGCGUGAAUAUAACGUUGACUGCAUUACCGGCAAACCCCGCGUCGCGUUCCGCGAGACGAUCACAGACCGCGCGGAGUUCACGUACACACACAAGAAGCAAACCGGAGGAGCAGGUCAAUACGCAAAGGUCAUCGGUCACAUCGAGCCCAUGGAGCUCGACCCCGAGACUGGCAAGGAUGUCGGUUUCGAGUCUGUCGUUAUGGGUGGAAAUGUGCCUUCGAAUUACAUCCCUGCUGUGGAGAAGGGCUUCUACGAGGCGCUGGAGAAGGGAUCGCUCUCUGGUAACCCGAUCACUGGAUGCCGUCUUGUUCUGAAGGAUGGUGCCUUCCACACUGUCGAUUCCUCCGAGUUGGCCUUCCGUCUCGCUACGAUUGGAGCGUUCCGUGAGGUUUAUAGGAACGCGAAACCGGUUAUCUUGGAGCCUAUUAUGACCGUUGAGGUCGUUGCACCCGUUGAAUUCCAGAGUCAAGUCAUCGGUGGUUUGAACACCCGUCGCGGUACCAUUGUGGACAGUGAAGUCCGCGAUGACGAGUUCACUGCUAUUGCGGAGGUCGCGCUCAAUGAUAUGUUCGGGUAUUCCAACCAGCUCCGCGGUUCUACCCAAGGCAAAGGAGAGUUCAGCAUGGAGUACAAGCACCAUAUGCCCGUGCUUCCUAACGUACAAAAAGAGUUGGAGGAAGAGUAUCGCAAGACUCUUCCUGCUGCUAAAAAGUAG